GAAACAGAGGCGAUGUGUUGCGGGCUAACUUAACUACACAAUUUGUAAUUCACUCCAUAUUAACUUCAGUUAAAAAAGCACAACCAAUUAAUUAAUAUAUUUCGAAUGCAUUUGUUUUAGUGUCUUUUCUCUAAUACUAUCAUUAACGAUAUCCAUCGUUUUAACGUAACUCGACCCCAUUACUCCGUUAACUAAGUUAUUCACCGUAUUUCUGAAUAACGUUAAACCUACAGGCGUUCCGUGUGAGCGCGUAAUUCUCUUUAUUUUAAAUGAUUUCGUGACUGUUUCUUUGCAUGCUCGUCUGUGGCAGCGCACGGAUCAAACCUCACUUGGAACCUACGCUGGGAAUCAAAUUUAGCAGGUGGAAAUAUUUUUGGCAACGCAGGAAGUGCAUCUGUCAGAUGAUAUGGCAACCGUUAACGUUACUCAAGAGCAGAUGAGGACUGGGUUAGGAGCCGAAUUAGUCGUCCUUGUAUCUUAAAGUGAAAGGCUUGGGUUAAACUGCACCCCGAGAUGAGGUCAGUAUAACUUUUGUGUGUGAGAAUAGCUGAGAGUGCAGCGUCAGUCUUUGAUCAAAGUCCACGAGUUCCCUGUCGUCCCUCUCCCCCCCAUUCGUUCGCUGUCUCGGCCCUCUGUAGUUCAUUCUCAUGGCAGAUCCGAGCGCCAAUGUUGGGGAGAGCCUCCCCAGAAUCCUAAACUUUAACGUGGGUGUACUGGGCCAUGUGGACAGCGGGAAGACAUCUCUGGCCCGGGCUCUGAGCAGCACCGCCUCCACCGCCGCCUUCGACAAGAACCCUCAGUCCAAAGAGCGAGGCAUCACUCUGGACCUGGGCUUCAGCGCCUUCACCGUGCCUUUGCCCGAGCACCUGAGAGAGGCCUGCGGCGAAAGACAGUACGACAGCUUACAGUUCACACUGGUGGACUGUCCGGGACAUGCGUCUCUAAUUCGGACAAUCAUUGGUGGUGCUCAGAUCAUUGAUCUGAUGCUUUUGGUGGUCGAUGUGGUGAAGGGUAUGCAGACACAGACGGCAGAGUGUCUCUUGAUUGGUCAGCUCACCUGCUCCCGCAUGAUUGUCAUCCUCAAUAAAACUGAUCUGUUGCCUAGUGACAAGAAACAGAAUGCCAUUGAUAAGAUGACGAAGAGGAUGCACAAAACUUUGGAGAACACAAGAUUCAAAGGUUGCCCCGUCAUCGCUGUGGCAGCAAAACCAGGAGGACCAGAUGCUCCCGGCACAGAGGAAGCACAAGGAGUUACUGAACUUAUAGAGCUGCUGAAGUCCCAGGCAUUCCUGCCUCAUAGAGACCCCUCUGGCUCUCUGCUGAUGGCUGUGGAUCACUGUUUCUCCAUCCGUGGCCAAGGGACAGUCAUUACAGGCACCAUUCUGCAGGGGGCGCUGCGUGUCAAUGACAGUCUGGAGAUACCUGCACUUAAGGUCACCCGGAAGGUGAGGUCUAUACAGAUGUUCCGUAAGCCAGUUCCCAGUGUGAUGCAAGGGGACCGCGUUGGUGUGUGUGUGACACAGUUUGAUCCAAAACUGCUGGAGCGUGGAGUGGUGUGUACACCUGGCUCACUACGAACUCUUCAUGCUGCCGUUAUUUCUGUACAGAAGAUCGAAUACUACCGCGGUGCGCUGAGCAGCCGUUCCAAAAUCCACAUCACCGUUGGACAUGAAACAGUCAUGGCUCGCGUGACAUUCUUCAGCAGAGCAUCUCACAGUGGCCAGUCUGGAGCUUCAGAUGGAAGUCCUUCAGAGCAGAGCUUAGACACCUUCUCAUUUGACUGGGAGUUUCAACAUCAGGAUGAGUUUUUGAGUGGUCAGGCAGAAGUUGAAGGACAGGCACCACAGCAGUGGGCUUUAUUGGAGUUUGAGCGGCCAGUCACAUGUCCACCACUCUGUUUGGUGAUCGGCUCACGACUGGACUCUGACAUACAUGCUAACACAUGCAGGCUUGCUUUUCAUGGAAAGUUGUUGGAGGGCUUCGAAGACAAGAACUACACAGAGACCACACUACCGAGGCUCAAAAUAAGUAAAGAUAAGCAUAAAGAAGGAGCAGUGGAACGGGUGACAGACGACUACACCGUGAUUGGCAAAAACCUAUUUAAGAAGGAGACCAACAUUCAGCUGUUUGUGGGGUUAAAGGUCACGCUUUCAUCAGGAGAAACGGGGGUCAUUGAAGGCGGCUUCGGGCAGAGUGGCAAGAUCAAGAUUAGAGUGCCAGAGGGAUUGAAAGGAGAAACAAAGCAGCUACUUUCCUCUUCUUCCAAGAAAAAAGGAAAGGGUGUGGCCAAAAAUGAGCAGACCAAAGAUGAAGAAGGCAAGACAGACUCGCAGCCAAUCAUCAUUCACCUGAACUUCAAAAGAUAUGUCUAUGACCCCCAUAAAAAGAUGGUGCAGUCCUGACUCUGACAAUGCUAAUUGUUCUGGAAAAGACCACUUGAGAGGAGCAGGAAGGGGAACUUGAUUGAGUUCUAGUUGGUCAGAUGAGGUGCUUUAUGUGUGCAUGCGAGGGGGUCAGGAGCUCUAAUUGUGCUAUCCUCUGGUGUGUAUUCUGUUACACACUUCUGUUCGCAAUCUUGCAGUAAUAAAACACUCAACACUGGAAAAAGGACAUAUGCUUGUGAAGCAGUUCUUAAACAUUUCCAGCCCUUAAAUCGCUGUAAGAAAAACACUUCCAGUUUCAUUUUAUUUGGAGUAAUAGAGCAUGUUUCUUUUUGUCAGUUCUAACUUAUCAAACCUCAGAAAAAUAUUCUGAUGCAUGUAUUAUUAAAAUAUCUUGAAGUCUUAUAAUAUUAUUGAUCACAAGUGGCUUGAGUAGCUUGCCCAAGGAUGCAACCCCAAAUAGCCAGUCAUUUCUGGGACUUGAAACCACAACCUUAUAAUUUUUAGCUUGCCUUUCUUACCAGCCCACUUGUUAAUUGCAUUGACCUUGUUGCUCCAGAGACAAACCAUAAUUAUUAGUACUAGGCCUUCCGUUCGCACGGAGUCAAAACUUCGUCAAUAACAAAGAUGUGAAGAUGUCUGCUAGUGCUCCUAUGGGACGCUAGUAGUAUUUUAGUGGUAUACAUUGGCUAACAAUGAUUAAUGAACACUUUUUGGCCAUUUUAUAUUAGACACGGAAGCUUGACGUUUCUUGUUUUUAUUUGAAGUUUAAAACAGACAUAUUGAAAUAUAUUUGUUGUGGUUUUAGAAUGACUCUCAUAGUGAAGAGAUAUGGCAUGGCUGCUACCUCUGUUUUUCAUUUUUAAUAUGUUGACAUGUUAGGCCUUCAGUUCAGUUCCUGAAGUCCUGACUAAUGGAAGAGUGGCUUGGCUGUAUCUACUUUGAUACUACGGAUAGCAAACAAAUCCUGAUUGGAUCAUUUUCUGUCAAGCUCUCCAAGAUUUUAAUCCUUAAGUUUUCCAACAAAGAUUACAUGCGGAGUACAAGAGGAAUUAUAAUUAUGUACGCUUAUUUAACCUGAUAUGACCAUCUCUUUCCACUCCUCACCUGUGUGCAUAUCUGUGAAUACAUGUUCGGCCAAGCCAUAGCCAACUACGCAUAAUGUUAACAAGUCUGCAAGCAUUAGACCAUGUGGAAUGAAACGAUUUUACAUAAAUUCCCCCUAGGAUAAAUCCCACAGCUGCUAUGACAUUUUCACACUCACACUCUUCUCAUUGUUCUCCAUGUCGCCUAACUGGUUUGCAUAGCUGUUCCUGCCUUUGUAUUCCAACUUGGAGCAACCUUCAGGCAAAUUACCUUAAAAACACUGAUACACACGUACAUGGCAACUGCUUUUAAACUUCCGUGUUUGUGUUUUAUAGACUUGUGUAGGAACAAAGCACUUAUUGACAAAGUGAGAACUGCCUGCAGUUAGUUUCAGUAUAUAUUUGCAAAUAUAAGGAACUCCUGCCUGUAGCACAGUCUUGCUUUGACUAUCAAACUAUCUGUCAGGGUUUGAUUGAUUUUUUUGGUGAAGCAUGCAGAAAGUCUACCCUGCAUCUGUCCAAAUGAGGCUGUGAGGAAGGGAUGCAAAUUUGAUAUCUUGGGUUUUUGCCAUCUGCUAAUAAUAGUGAAUCAUAAAUAAAUAAUAAUGAUUCAAGUCAUAA